GUGGGUUGCGUCCGUGAGUUUCAAUGCUGUCAGAGCGGUUUGACAAGCGGGCUUUGCGGCGAAUUUUAAACAGGACCGUCCGAGAAGCAGCACAGCCUCCCUCGCACCGCCGACCUGACCGCUGGCAGUCUCUCAGAGCCCGUGUGUUUCAUUCCUGUCCGCAUGGCGGCCCGGGAUUGGGAGACUGAUGAUUGAUUCAAACCUUGCCGUGGUCCAGCGCCAUGGUAGAUAUGCCGAGCCUCUACAGUCCCUCGUCCCCUCUGGGAGACCCGAUAAUGUACAGCCCUCUGUGCGGAGAGCUCAUUGGUGACAUGCAGGUGCUGGAGGACAUCUCUCAGUCUCUCAGCGACGACACCUUCAACUCCCUUCACAUGCUGGAUUACCAGAACUGCGACACUGCAGCUGACAACUCAUCCAUAUUAGAUGUCUUAACUCCGGCGUCUAGUCCUUCCUCAGAAGUGUUCUCAGCCAGCACGGGUCAGGACGAGAACUCAACCGGAUCUCUCACCCUCGAGUGCCGCGUCUGUGCCGACCGGGCUUCAGGUUUCCACUAUGGAGUGCACGCCUGUGAAGGGUGCAAGGGCUUCUUCAGGAGAACCAUUCGACUUAAACUGGAGUACGACAAGUGCGAACGCAACUGCAAGAUCCAGAAGAAGAACCGAAACAAAUGUCAAUACUGCCGAUUCCGCAAGUGCCUUGCAGUGGGCAUGUCCCACAACGCUAUCCGUUUUGGCCGGAUACCCCAGUCCGAGAAGCAGCGUCUGAAAGCAGAGCAGGACGUCAGCGGGAAAGAGCAACACAAAUGUCAGCAGCCGGACAUGAGGAGCCUGGCCAGACAGAUGCAUGAAGCCUACCUCAAACACUUCCACAUGAACAAAGCCAAAGCACGUGUGUUUCUCACAGGCAAGACCAGCACUCCGCCCUUCGUCAUCCACGACAUGGACACUCUCCAGCACGCAGAGAAGAAACUAGUCACCCAGCUGUUGGGUAACGUGGCAUCGGGCGACAUCUCCACCCUGCAAGAGAGAGAAGUGGAGGCCCGGCUCUUCCUCUUCUGCCAGUACGCUUCGGUGGCCACGGUCACAGAGCUGACGGAGUAUGCCAAGGCCGUGCCAGGCUUCGCCGACCUAGACCUCAACGACCAGGUGACGCUGCUGAAAUACGGGGUGUACGAGGCGCUGUUCACCCUGCUGGCAUCCUGCAUGAAUAAAGACGGGCUGCUGGUGGCUCAAGGCGGAGGCUUCAUCACCCGUGAGUUUCUGAAGAGCUUGCGCAAACCCUUCAGUGACAUGAUGGAGCCCAAGUUUCAGUUCGCCAUGAAGUUCAACACUUUAGAGCUGGACGACAGCGACCUGGCGCUGUUCGUAGCUGCCAUCAUCUGCUGCGGAGAUCGUCCUGGACUCAGCAACGUGCCACAGAUCGAGUGCAUCCAGGAGAGCAUAAUCCACUCUCUGCGGCUCCACCUGUUGUCCAACCACCCCGACAACACCUUGCUCUUUCCCAAACUGCUGCAGAAACUGGCCGACCUGCGGCAGUUGGUGACGGAGCACGCAGAGCUGGUGCAGGAGAUCAACAAGACAGAAGACGCGUCACUCCACCCGCUCCUGCAGGAGAUCUACAGAGACAUGUACUGAGCGCUCGCACGUACGGGACAGGAGAUAAACAGAAAGAGACCGGCAGGAACAUGUUUAGGGUGUGUACCUACAUCUGGAUCAUUAUAGGGCACGGCCAGUCUAACGAAUAGCCUCAUUAAUAUUGCACUGAUCUUUACUAAGGCACUGACCUUUAAAAGGACUAAGCUAGAAAAGUGCAAUAGACGCUUUCCAAACAUACUCGGUAUAUUCCUGAAAGGUGUCAUAAAAAGAAAUACAAGCUUGGUUUUGUCCACGGCCAAACAAAAAUGCAUUCAGGUUUACACGGCAGCCUGUAAGCAGGAAGCAGUAUAUCAUUAACGUAAGUUUUGUUGUGUUUUUGUUGCUAUUAUAAAACUGGAGCUCCUCUCUUGCUUCAUCUUAAAGUCAUAUUUGCUAGGUGGACUUUUAGAUAUGGGAACGUGGCUAACGAAGUGUAACUUUUAGAAUGUUCCGCGUCAUACCACACAAUUAAUAUGAGAAGGCGAUAAUCGGAGGUUGGAGCCAGCAAGUGGCCUGUACAAACCUGGAGUUUGUUUAAUGUCUUGUACAUGACACAGAGUGUCAUGUGCCAACCCUAAACCCAACCUCACAGUAAACGGAUGUGUUUUAUUAACAUCUACACCUACUCCGACCCUAAAUCCAACCUCACAGUAACCUGAUGUGUUUUAGUAACAUCUACACCUACUCCGACCCUAAAUCCACCCUCACAGUAACCUAAUGUGUUUUAGUAACAUCUACACCUACUCCGACCCUAAACCCACCCUCACAGUAACCUGAUGUGUUUUAGUAACGUCUACACCUACUCCGACCCUAAAUCCACCCACACAUUAAGCUGAUGUGUUUUAGUAACGUCUACACCUACUCCGACCCUAAAUCCACCCUCACAGUAACCUGAUGUGUUUUAGUAACGUCUACACCUACUCCGACCCUAAACCCACCCUCACAGUAACCUGAUGUGUUUUAGUAACGUCUACACCUACUCCGACCCUAAACCCACCCUCACAGUAACCUGAUGUGUUUUAGUAACGUCUACACCUACUCCGACCCUAAACCCACCCUCACAGUAACCUGAUGUGUUUUAGUAACGUCUACACCUACUCUGACCCUAAACCCACCCUCACAGUAACCUGAUGUGUUUUAGUAACGUCUACACCUACUCCGACCCUAAACCCACCCACACAGUAACCUGAUGUGUUUUAGUAACGUCUACCCCUACUCCGACCCUAAACCUACCCACACAGUAACCUGAUGUGUUUUAGUAACGUCUACACCUACUCCGACCCUAAACCCACCCUCACAGUAACCUGAUGUGUUUUAGUAACGUCUACACCUACUCCGACCCUAAACCCACCCUCACAGUAACCUGAUGUGUUUUAGUAACGUCUACACCUACUCCGACCCUAAACCCACCCUCACAGUAACCUGAUGUGUUUUAGUAACGUCUACACCUACUCUGACCCUAAACCCACCCUCACAGUAACCUGAUGUGUUUUAGUAACGUCUACACCUACUCCGACCCUAAACCCACCCUCACAGUAACCUGAUGUGUUUUAGUAACGUCUACACCUACUCCGACCCUAAACCCACCCUCACAGUAACCUGAUGUGUUUUA